GAACUAAUGAAAAUUUGUAGCAUCAGUAAUACUGAAAUGUUCAGUAUUUUUGUAUAUUUCAAUAUUGUGCAAUUUGUGUCAUGUUAUUAUUCUGUCAAAGAGGAUAAAGAAUUGAGUAAAUUUUUCACUGAUUUGUACAACGCGGAUGUAAAUUCAGUUGAAAAUGGUAAAGAUUAUCGAUUGAAUUUACAAGGAAAACUAGCUAGAGGAAUGGAUUCGGUAGACUUGGCAUCUAAACCAUUAUUUGAGUUUGUUAAUGAAGAGAUAUUGGGGAAGAGAACUACUUUUGCAAAAUUCAUUGCAUUAUUGGAUAACUACAAUCCUCAAGUUGGUGUCACUGAAGUCGUCACAGACCAACAACAGAAGGAGGAAGAUGACUUUAUCGAUGAAUUGCUAAAAACGAAAGUCAUGAAAAUGGCUUAUAAUUUCCUUAUCAAAAAACAAAAGUUGUCAGGAGAUAUUACAAACUUUGGAAAAUUCUUAAAGGAUUUGUGGUUCAAGCGAUAUAAACGUAGAAGUCCAAAAGACUCUUCUGCAUUUGAACAUGUAUUUGUUGGUGAACAUAAAAAUCUUGAUGUGCUUGGAUUACACAACUGGAUUCAAUUUUAUUUAAAAGAAAAGAAAAAUCAAUUAAACUUUUUUGGAUGGACUAGAAGAUUUUGUAAAGAUCAACUUAUCACUGUAACAUAUGUCAAUGAAAAUAAAUAUAAAAAGCCAAUUGGAAGUGUUUUUGUUGGAUCAUCUCCAGAAUUCGAUAUUGCUGUUUAUACGGUUGCUUUUGCACUACAUCCUACAUCUGUAUUUGACGUAAAUAUCUCUGGAUGUAAAGUACGUAUAACAUGUCAUGAAUUAUCUCCCUCUGAAAUGGGUACAUGUUAUAUGGGGUAAACACUAUAUGUAUCUGAAUAAACAUUUGUUUCCACUGAACUUAAAAACAAUAGCAAACUUAAGUUUAACAUGUCGUUUGAUAGAUUAAUAUUCCGAAAAUAUAUAAUUUUGUUGAA